CAACAUCACCCGCAACACCGCAGGCUAAUUACAAUCACCCGCAAUGGCAAAGGGGCUCCGCGCAAGCAGCAAAAAGGCCAACCGCUCCAAGCUCCGCGCUGGUGUCUUUGGCCCCGUCGAGCAGGCCCGCGCCGAGCGCCUGCACGCCAAACUGCUCGAAACCAUCCAGCAGCCCAAGCCCGAGAGCAGCCAAAUGGACACGGCCCACGGCGAUGCCGCCAACGAGGCCGCCGCCCAAGACGACUUGCCCAAAGAUAUGGACGUUGACACUCCCUCAACGGCCGCUGCCAAGAGCUCUUCCAAAACAAAGGACAAGAGCCAGACGCGGAAACAGCUCCGUCGCAAGCCGCACAACAAGGUCUCGUUCCCCACAUCGCGAGGCAAGGGCGCUCUCAAGCCCUUCAAGGGCCAGCGCGCCGGUCCGGGUCGCAUCGGCAAACGACGAUCAUGAGUUAUGAUAGACACUGGCGUUCGACCCACGGCAUUUCCCGGCGUUACAAACAUGCUGUUAUUUUGCAAGAGAAUCGGAUUGAAAAGGAUACCAGGUCCCGGGGGGACUUUUUCUGUAUGCCAAAAUUCAAAUAUUUGUUC